ACUAUCCUACACUAUCAUGGCGUUCAAAUUCGUCCUUCUGGCCACUCUGGUGGCGGCCGCCAGCGCUGGGCUUCUUCCUGUUGCCCACCACGGAGCCAUCGCUACUUCGCACUCCACUAUCCAGCAUCAUGCUGCUCCCGCCAUCCACCAUGUCGGAUCCAUCCACGCUGCCCCGGCCGUGUACCAGCACACCAUCGCCCAGCCGACGAUCAUCAAGUCCGUAGAGCACCACGCUCCGGCUAACUACGAGUUCUCGUACUCUGUGCAUGAUCAGCACACCGGAGACAUCAAGAGCCAGCACGAAACCCGCCACGGAGAUGAAGUCCAUGGACAGUACUCGCUGUUGGACUCCGAUGGCCACCACCGCAUCGUUGACUACCACGCCGAUCAUCACUCCGGAUUCAACGCCGUUGUCCGCCGUGAGCCCUCGGGAGUGAAGAUCGCUCAGCCCGUUCACAAAGUGAUCGCCCAGCCAGUGCAUGUGUCCAGCUACGCCCAUGCUCCAGUAGCGCACGCUACCAUCCAGCAUCAUCAUGCUGCCCCGAUUGCCCACUAUUCUGCCCCGAUCGCACACCAUGCUGCCCCGAUCGCGCACCAUGUUGCUCCGAUCGCGCACUACUCUGCCCCGAUCGCACAUCACGCCGCCCCGAUCGCGCACUCCAGCUCCAGCAUCGUCCAUGGAACGAGCCAUUUGAGCCAUCAUCAUUACUAAACAUCGUCCUGAUCUGAGCUUAGUGUAAUGUGUUCAAAAAUUG